GCGCGCUCGCAGACUAAACGGAAUCUGACAUCUGUACAGCCCUCGCUCUAAUCGCGUUUAACUCUUUUAUCUCUGGAUGAAAAGUCUUCUGGUGUAGCCUACGGCUCUCUGUCAGUUACGCGGGUGAUGAGCGGCGCCGUGCGCUCCGAGAGGAAGGGCAUCUCAUGUCCAACGCUAGACCCGAACUGCUCGCGCAUCGCGGAAAGCCUCUCCUCGUGGAACAACUCCGUGAUGAGCGCGUACAGGCUGGUGGAUUUACCCCCCACGACCAAAUCUGUUGCCAUGGUGGAAGAAUCCGUUUACCCUUUCCCAACAGUGGACGUGCCUGAUCAUGCUCAUUACACUAUUGGUGCUGUCAUCCUUGCUGUUGGCAUUACUGGCAUGUUGGGCAACUUCCUGGUCAUCUAUGCAUUCAGCAGGAGCCGGACCCUGAGGACACCUGCCAACUUGUUCAUAAUAAACCUUGCCAUCACAGACUUCCUCAUGUGUGUCACUCAGGCGCCCAUCUUUUUCACCACCAGCAUGCACAAGAGGUGGAUCUUUGGAGAAAAAGGUUGUGAGUUGUAUGCAUUCUGUGGGGCUUUGUUUGGCAUCUGCUCCAUGAUCACUCUCAUGGUGAUCGCUGUGGAUCGAUAUUUCGUGAUCACGCGGCCUCUAGCCUCCAUCGGGGUGUUGUCUCAGAAGAGAGCUCUGCUGAUCCUUCUGAUAGCUUGGGCUUAUUCACUUGGCUGGAGCCUGCCACCCUUCUUUGGCUGGAGUGCUUAUGUUCCUGAAGGGCUGUUGACCUCUUGCACCUGGGAUUAUAUGACCUUCACACCCUCCGUGCGAGCUUACACUAUGCUCCUCUUCAUCUUCGUCUUCUUUAUUCCACUUAUCGUCAUCAUCUAUUGCUAUUUCUUUAUUUUCCGAUCCAUUCGCAGCACUAAUGAAGCUGUGGGCAAAAUUAAUGGCGAUAACAAGAGAGACUCAAUUAAACAAUUUCAACGGCUGAAAAAUGAAUGGAAGAUGGCGAAAAUUGCUCUUAUUGUCAUUCUCAUGUAUGUCAUCUCCUGGUCUCCAUAUUCAACUGUGGCACUGACAGCUUUUGCUGGGUAUUCUGAUAUGCUCACACCGUACAUGAAUUCAGUACCUGCUGUGAUAGCCAAGGCUUCAGCAAUCCACAAUCCCAUCAUUUACGCCAUCACACACCCCAAAUACAGGUUGGCCAUAGCGAAAUACAUCCCGUUUCUUCGUGUGCUGUUGUGCGUCCCCAAGCGUGACCUUCAUUCACUCCACAGCAGCUUUAUGUCCACACGUCGUUCCACCGUCACUAGCCAGUCCUCUGAUAUGUCCGGACAGUUUCGCAGAACCAGCACCGGCAAGUCUCGGCUCUCCUCAGCCUCCGACAGCGAAUCUGGCUGGACAGAUACUGAGGCCGAUCUCUCGAGCAUGAGCUCCAGGCCUGCCAGCCGACAGGUGUCUUGUGACAUCAGCAAGGACACUGCAGAGAUCCCUGACUUCAAACCUUGUAACUCAUCCAGCUUCAAAUCAAAGCUCAAAAGCCAUGACUCGGGCAUCUUUGAAAAGAGUUCCUCUGACGUGGAAGAUGUGUCUGUGGUAGGACUCGUUCAGCAGGACCGUACCAACCCUUUAGCUGCUGGUGACGGUACAGACGUGCCAAUUUCAAGAUGUGCGAUUGGUCGGAUUCCCAGUAUUGUCAUCACCUCUAAGUCGAGCACUUUCCUGCCCUCGGUACGGCCGAGCUACAGAAGCAGGGCAAACCCACCCAGGACAGACUCUCGUGGAGGAGUCCAGCAGGGGGCAGUGCAUCUCUCCACUGCGGCUGAAACCCCUGAGUCCACUCACUUAUUAGACAACCCUCGCCCUCAGUAUCUCUAAUGCUUACACCUCUUCUUACCUUCAAGCUUUGUGUUGAGGUUUAGUGUUUUUGUGAGUUAUCCUGUUCUGUGGUUUACAGUUGAAGGAAGGGAAACUUGAAAUGAAGACAAACCUUGAGAGAUGAAUCAGUGCUCUGUAUCACAGAAUGUAAAAUAUGAAAGUCAUACAUUGAUGUCUUUUACACAUUUUUAUGAUGACUUCAACUGUUACGCAAUAUCCACCAUCUUUGUUUCCCUUUAUUUGAAGGAAGCAUUUAACAGACAGUGCUUUGAAUCAGGCAAAGUUACCGCUCAGUCCAUGGAGACUUGGAUGGAUGGAGAGAAAAAGAGCAUCUCAGAUUAUUUUAGGCUGUCAUUAAUGUCUAAUGGCAUAUACAGGUAAUAUCAGCUUACUUAGGGAGUUCUUUGUGUUUGCUUCAGUAUUAAGCUUUAAGUUUCUUUUAUCUUUAUAAACUUUUUGACGAUGUCAUUUCAUCUGAUAAGACUCUACCUGAAUGUUUUGCUUGACAGGAUAAUCUUAAAACUGUGGUGUGUGAGUUCUGCUCAUGAGACUGAAAUGCUUGCUUCCACAGAACCUUAAAUGUAUGCAAUAUGAAGCCAUAUUACAACUUAGAAUCCUGUUUUAUCUGUUUAGUGAUAUUGGGGUUUUCAUUUGGAAUUAACUUGUAUUUUUAUCCAAAAUGCCAAUAGUGUAGUUUUAAGAUAGGAAGCCUGUGCAA